CUAACAUGUGGAAGAUUUUCCAUGUGGGCUCUGGUGCAUCCUAAACUGUGAAUAUUUCAUUUACUAGUUAUUUAGGUGAUAAAAUAUUUAUUUUGUAGUUUAUAAACAUGUCUUUCUUUAUAAAGAAAAGGGGCUCGGCUGCCCCCGGUAAAGGAGAGAAAACUGCGGGUUCUAACAGAAAGGCUGAUCAGAGUGGGAAAGGACGAUCAAAAAAGCUCAACAAAAGACUGAAUGAGGAAAUAUCCAGCGAAUCAGAAAAUGAAAAUGUUGAGGUGCAGACUAGAAAACGGAAAGACAUGGAAGAGGACGAGAUCGAGGAGACGCCACAGGAAAAGAAGUUGCGUCUGGCUAAACUUUACCUGGAGCAGCUGAAAGAUGAAGAAGAGAAAAAGGCGGAGGACGAGGAGUUCGAGUCCGACCUGAUUGCUGGACGAUUACAGGAGGAUGUGCUGGAGCAGAAGGGGAAACUACAGAGGCUCAUAGCCAAAGAGCUCGUAGCCCCGGACCCUGCUGAGAUCCGGUUAUUGAGAGGACACAAACUUGCAGUCACAUGCCUGGUAAUCACUCUGGAUGAGAAAUACAUUUUCUCUGCGUCUAAAGAUUGUUCCAUUAUCAAAUGGGAGGUGGAGAGUGGGAAGAAGGUACAGAAGAUCGCAAGAGGGAGCAAACAAACGGACGAACAGCAUGUCGGUCACACGGCUCACAUCCUCUGCAUGGCCAUCUCCUCCGAUGGAAAGUAUCUGGCCACGGGGGACAUGAACAAGCUGAUUAUGAUUUGGGAAGCGGCUACAUGUAAACAUCUGUACAAGUUCACAGGACACAGAGAUGCUGUAUCGGGUCUGGCCUUCAGAAGAGGCACGCAUGACCUGUACAGUGCCUCCCAUGACCGCUCGGUCAAAGUGUGGAACGUAGAUGAGAACUCCUACGUGGAGACCCUGUUCGGGCACCAGGACGCCAUCACCGGGUUGGACUGCCUCGGACGGGAGCGGUGCGUGACGUCGGGGGGUCGGGACAGAACGGUCCGAGUGUGGAAGAUUGCGGAGGAGACGCAGCUCGUCUUUCACGGUCACCAGAGCUCCAUCGAUUGUGUUCAGCUCAUAAAUGAAGAGCACAUGGUUUCAGGAGGUGAUGACGGCUCUGUGGCUGUCUGGUCCGUGGGCAAGAAGAAGCCGCUAAGCACGGUGAGGCGGGCGCACGGUCUCCAUGGCAACACAGGACUAGAGGAGCCCAACUGGAUUUCGUCGGUCGCCGCGCUGCACAACUCGGACACCGUGGCCUCAGGUGCCUCAGGAUCCCAUAAUUCAACAGUACAACUGUGGAAGUGUGGGCCGGGGUUCAGAGGACUGGAGCCGCUCUUCAGCGUCCCGGUGGCCGGUUUUGUGAACAGCUUGAAGUUUUCAAACACAGGAAGAUUCCUGGUGGCCGGAGUUGGACAGGAACACAGACUGGGCCGAUGGUGGAGGAUAAAGGAAGCGAAGAAUGGACUGUACAUCAUUCCCCUCAAACGACAGAACAAAGAGACGAACGUCGAGCAGUAACAGAUUAAUCACAUCUGGAUCAGUGAUGUUUUUGUUGAUGGAUUUUGGUUUUGUUAUUAUACUGUGAUUAUACGUGAUGUUGUAUAUCCACAAAUCUAAAGAUUAAGCUUCAGUUUAACAGUUUCA